AUGGCAAACAAUAACAUUACAACUUUGUCGGAAGAAACUACCAGUUCAACUGCUACGUCCGCAAAUAAUAUUGAGUAUCCCAGUAAUGACCAAUUUACCACGGAAUCACCUUUGACUUUUUCUUCCACUACUUUACCUAACUUAGCUACCAGCUCUGUAUCGACUUCCCAAUACAUUGCAGACUUAUCAUCUCCUUCAACUGAUAUCAGCAGCACCAAUGCUAUUUUUACUGAUAUUGCUGUAGCUGAUGAUAGUAGCAGUAGUAGUAGUAUUACCAGUAGCAGCAGCAGUAGUAGUAGUAUUACCAGUAGCAGCAGCAGCGAUAGUACUAGUAUUACUAGCAGCAGUGAUAGUACUAGUAGUGCUAGUAUUACCAGUAGUAGUAGUAUUACCAGUAGUAGCAGUAUUACCAGUAGUAGUAGUAGCAGCAGUAUUACUAGUAUUAGCAGUAGUAGUAUUACUACCAGUAGUAUUAUUAUCAGUAGCAGUAGCAGUAGCAGUAGCAGUAGCAGCGACAUAGUUGAUUUUACUAGUGAAAUUAAUAGUUCUGGUAGCAAUACAAUUGAUAGUGUUACUGAACUUGACAAUACUAUUAGUAACAGUAUUAUUAGUAGUAGCAGCAGCAGCAGUAGUAGUAGUAACAGUAUUAAUACUAGUCCCAUUAUUAGUAACGACGCAAGCAGUAUCAUUAUUACUAGUAGUGAUAGUAGUAAUAUUAUUACUGGAAAUGGUGACAACAGCUGGAGUCGUAUGAGUAGUAGCAGCGAUAUGAAUGCCAAUAGUCUAACCAAUAGUAUUACGAUAAUAUUACCGUCACCGAUACCAACUUCAACCUCAUUAGCCGAUAGUUAUAGUGACGAAAUCCUGUCCACAAGUAUUACCAAUGUAAUUACAACAGCUAGCUUUUCUACUUAUAACGAUUAUUGGUCUGCUGCCAACCCAACAAGUAGCACUUUAUUAUUGUGGUCUAGUAGUACGCCCCAAAGUAUUAGUGCUAGCACCAUUGAUACUACUGCUAUUAACAUUGGUAGUAGUAGUAGCAUUAAUAGUAUUAACAGUGGUGCUGGUGUUACUGACGUUAGUGACAGUAGCAGUAUUAGUAGUACCAAUAGCCCUACUAGCAGCAGCAUAAUACCUUACAAUACCCUAGCGAGUAGCAAUACUGAUGAUUUCUGGUAUGUGUCAGAAGUUUCAUCUAGCUCAGUUUCAUAUGUUUCCCCUACAAGCAUGAGUAAUAGUAAUAAUGAGUUAAUAAAUACGAUACCAAGUAAUUCUAUAAAUUAUGCCACUUCUUUUUUGCCUUCUAGUAGUAAUAUUAUUGAUAGCAGUAGUGGAAGCAUAAAUAACAUUAUCAGCAGCAGCAGCAGCGGCAGUGGAAGUAUUAGUGAUAAUAUCGAUAGUGAUAUAGGUAAUGUUAUUACGAGCAGCAGCAUCGCUAAUGAUAAUAGUACUAGCACUAUUUUGACAAAUAUACCAUAUAGCAGCUCUUUAGUUUCACAACAACAAGAGUCGUCCUUUCCUUCAAUAGAACAGCCAACUAUUAUUACCACUCAAUUAUUCAAAACAAAUAAUAAUAGCACUAGAAGCACGAGCAGCAGUGUUAUUACCACAUCUUCCACCCAAAGUGCUUCAUUUUCUUCUCUAUCAUUAGAUUCUAUAUUAAAUUCAGAUAUAUGGCUGGGUCUCACCUAUAGUAAUAGCACUACUACUUAUUACUCCGAUGAAAUUUAUACAGAAACAAGUACUCAAUACAUCACAUAUGAUAACGUUAGUACCAGCACGGAUUAUAAAAGUACAUUGUCUCCUUUUUCCACCGUUGUCAGCAAUAUAACUACAUUGGAUUCUUUUGAUUCUAGCACUAGUACUACGGAAUAUUUGUCUCCCGCAGUUGUUUAUGUUACUACGACUAUUGAUCCAGAUACAACUAUAGAGCAAACAAGUUCAAUAAUAGUAACGGCAUCUUCCCUUUCUACCAAGGCUAUUAGUGCUAGCACGUUUUACUUACAAGUUUAUGAAAUUACCGCAAGUUCAUCAACAUUUACAGUUUCAUAUAACGAAACCGCUAAACCAAAACAAGCUACCAUAACUACGGACAACACAUAUUACAACGAAUAUUUAAAGGGACAGCAAGUACCGAUUACUGGCGGAUCAUCUAAUUCUAAUAACAAAGGAACUAUUAUUGGGAGCGUUGUGGGAAGUGUUUUGGGUACAUUUCUUUUGAUAUCCGUUGGCUUUAUCUUAAUUAUGUACUUGAAGAAAAAACAAAGAAAACAAAAUGAGAAUAUUGAUACUACCCUAAAUAACUCUAGCAGAGUAUCUCCCUUUUAUGACGACAAAGAAAAAAAUUUGGUAACGAAUGCCCAAGGGUUGCACAAAAAUUCCAACAACGAUAGGAUAAGAACUAAUGGAAGAUUUACUCAUAAGCUAGGUACAAAGGUUACUCCAGCAAGUGUUUUCAGGUCGAUACCUGAAGAGGAGAUAGAAACAGAUAAUGAAAAGGAAGGUAACCCAUUUAGCGAUGAGUUUGAUUUUAGUAAUAGAAUUAAAAAACAACAAGAGAAUGCUUUACAUGGUAAUUAUGAUACUACCGCAGAUAUCACCGACAAUACCCAUAAAUCCUAUAGAGAUUCUGGUGUAACUUCUAUUGACACUGGAAAUGCAGAGGAUAAUCAGACCACUGCCAGCAGUUUAGAUAUAAGCAAUAUGAGCGAGGGUACUUCUCUACAUCCUGGUAGCAGGCCAGCUAGUAAGGCUAUUUUUAAAGAACUGAUUUAA